AUGAAGCUGCUAUCCUCCAUUCCGGUCGUGGUACUUAGUACCAUCGUCUCAUCAGCUUGGGGGUCAUUCCUUAGUGCUGAAGGCAUUGAGAAGAUGGGAAAUAAUAGCCUGUUUACAAUGGCACGGUGGAGACCAUCUUCUCAUUUCCUUGCACCGGCGGGUUGGAUGAAUGAUCCAUGCGCACCAAUGUACGAUCCCACUCGCGGCCUUUAUCAUUUACAUUACCAGUUCCACCCCAAUCAUAUUGAAUGGGGUAACGUCUCCUGGGGACAUGCGACUUCGCCAGAUUUGAUUACCUGGACUGAUGUCGACCACUACCCCGAUGACAAACUCUCUGCUUGGAAAGACUACCAAGCCCAAUCAAUCGGCACGACCAACUUAACCAGCAACCACCAUGACCCAGCACUUUAUAAUCACUUGUCUAUAUUUUCGGGUUGUGGUCAGGCAGUUAACCUAACGGGGGGUGUAGACGGCACAAUUCUGGCCUUCUAUACUGCUGCCUCGGAACUUCCAACCGCCUGGGACGAGCCAUAUAUCAUCGGAACAGAAAGUCAGGCAUUGGCCAUCUCGAAGAACGGCGGAAUAACAUGGGAGCACUAUGAGAAUAAUCCCAUUCUCAGCGAUCCUCCUGGAGGUUGGAAUAUCACUGGCUGGCGAGACCCUUUCUUUCUUCCCUGGCCUAAACUGGACACAUUGCUUAACAAGACAGAGCCUCACUGGUAUGCCGUCUGGGGGUCAGGUAUUCGAGAAAUCGGGCCCCGCAUACCUUUAUACACAGCCCCCGCUUCCGAUUUGACAAACUGGACCUUCUUAGGGGCUCUUUGGGAACCGGAGAAGAAUACCUCCCUGGGUACCCUGGAAGAGACAGGCUCGUAUGGAUUCAACUUUGAGCUCUCCAACUUCUUCUCCAUUGGAGACCGAUAUUUUGUCUCCAUGGGUGCUGAAGGUGGUAACGUUAGCUUCCAUCAAGACAAAUGGUCGCUUUGGAAUGAGGGACUGGUAUCUGUGCGAGAUAAUGGAAGUAUUGCUUUUACUCCCAUCGCGGGAGGUGCAGCUGACUACGGCCUUUUGUAUGCGAUCAACUCGUUUGAAGAUGUCAAAAACAACCGUCGCAUCCAGUGGGGAUGGGCCCAGGAAGAUACAAACAGUUUCGGCGCCACGCAGCUCGGAUAUCAAGGCGCAUUUUCGCACCCACGUGAAAUAUUCGUCAAGAACACCACAGGUGUCGCUCGUCAUUCCUCCGAUACCAUUGGUAGUUCCCGCUACUUUCAAGCCACCAACGGAAGCUGGACAGCAAGCACCCUGGGUGUUCGUCCAGCUCCAGAUGUUGUUGAUGGUCUUCGCCGUGAUGCACGCCAUAUGAAGUAUCCAUGCAACGAAAUAAAAUGCGACACAAAGAAGAUGGGAUUGCCAAGCAAUCUUACGUCCUCGUACCAAAUCAGUGUUACAAUCGAGCACACUACUGGCAUGGCUGGAGUGACCGUUAGUGCCUCACCAGACCGUGAGGAGUAUACAAAUAUCUACUUCGAUCCCUCGAGCAACGAUAUCGUUGUGGAUCGUGCCCAUUCGUCCCUGAUCAAAGAAUUCACUAAUACGCCUCAUGUUGGAUUCUUUGAGCCUUAUCAACUCCAAAAACGAAGUGGAAAUUCUUCCAUGGAAUCUAUUCAGCUUAACAUAUUUGUUGAUGGCUCUCUUGUGGAGGUAUAUGCCAAUGAUCGCUUUGCUCUCACCAGCCGUAUCUAUCCUAGCCGGGCGGAUAGUACCGGUGUUGCUUUCUUUGCUGCUGAAGGCGUUGAUACCACGUACUCUAAUUUUGAGAUUUGGGACGGCCUGUUGAAUGUUUGGCCGAAUAGGCCACAGAACAGCAGUUCUCUUUUGAUAUGGGAUACUGCGGCUGAGACAGGCAAUUAUACUUGGUGGACGGGCAACUGA